AUGUCAGGAUGGGGAAAGAAAGCGCGGACGGAGGGAGGAGGACAAUCCGACCUUGGAAUUGCCGGGGAUCAUGGGAUUGCCGUGGCGCCGUACCAGCUUGGCGGAAGGCGCUGGUAUUCCGCUUUUCGUGGGAUGGAGGGGUCUGUGGUCGGAGGUCUCGGCUGUGCUGAUUCACGACAGGUCCACAUGCCACGUCACAGCUCCGUUUUAUCCCGACGCCUCUCCUCCACGACGCCCCCUCCUCCUGAAGAACCCAAGCCGAAAAACUACGAGCACUACUACCCCAAGAGGAAGGCAGAGGAAGAGGGACGUCCCGCUGCUGCUGCUCAGACGCCAGGCGAGAAACCUCAAGCCAGCGGGCCCCAGCAGGAAGCAGCAACAGCAGGCGGAGCAGGAGGUGCAGGAGGAGGAGAGGGGGGAGAUGGCAAGAAGGCAGACAGUAGCAGCGGCGGCAGUGAGGACGGCAACAAGAAAGGGCAGAACUUUUGGGAUGAGGCGUUUCCUAAGGACUUUCAGAACAGCCUUUACCCGCUGCUAUCCGCGGCGUUUUUCCUGUCACUCACGUCGAUGCUAACGAGUGAUGCGAGCAGCGAGGCGGUGGAGAUCAGCUUCCAGGAGUUCAAGAACGAGCUGCUGGAGAAGGGGCUCGUAGCCAAGGUGGAGAUCGUCAAUCGCAGCAAGGCCAAGGUCUACGUGUAUACCAACCGCCGCCCUGGGGCCGUUUCUGGUGCUGGUGCAGCUGCUGGUGCUGCUGGUGCUGCUGCUGGUGGUGUUGCUGGUGCGAGGGGCAAGGGGAGUGCGACGGGUGCUAGUGACGGUGUUGGGGAGGGUUAUGACGGGGAUGGAGAUGUGAUGUACUUUGAUGAUAAGCACGGGGAGUUUGACGGGCAUCAGCAGGGGGAGGCGGCGCAGGGGCGGGGGGAGGGGGGGUUGGGGGGAGGGGGAGGGGCGCGGGGGGGGAGGCAGCGGCGGAGGCAGGUGGAGCAGAUGGCGGCCUACCGGUAUUACUUCCAAAUUGGCAGCGUUGACUCGUUUGAACGCAAGCUGGAUGACGCUCAGAACGCCAUGGGCACUGACGGCCACAGCAGGAUUCCAGUGACUUAUGCUUCUGAGGUGAGCUGGCAACAGGAGCUGCUGCGUCUGCUCCCCACCGCCCUCAUCAUCGCUGCCUGGAUCUAUUUCAGCCGCGGCCUGCAGUCCGGCUUCGGCAUGGGCGGCAUGGGCGGCCCGGGCGGCGCGGGCGGUGCCAAGGGGAUCUUCAACGUGGGAAAAGCAGCCGUGACAAAAAUGGACAAGCACAGCAAGAACAAGGUCUACUUUCGAGACGUCGCAGGGUGCGACGAAGCCAAACAAGAGGUCAUGGAAUUUGUACACUUUUUGAAAAACCCCGCUAAGUACCAGGCGCUCGGGGCGAAGAUCCCAAGGGGAGCGCUGCUGGUGGGGCCGCCAGGCACGGGGAAGACGCUGCUGGCCAAGGCGACGGCGGGGGAGGCGGACGUGCCGUUUCUGUCCAUCUCUGGGUCGGAUUUCAUGGAGAUGUUUGUGGGCGUGGGGCCGUCCCGCGUGAGAGAUCUCUUUGCUCAGGCUCGUGCCUGCAGCCCGAGCAUUAUCUUCAUUGAUGAGAUUGACGCCGUUGGCAGGGCCAGGGGCCGCGGGGGGUUUGCCGGGGGUAAUGAUGAGCGGGAGAAUACGUUGAACCAGCUGCUGGUGGAGAUGGAUGGGUUUACUACUACGUCAGGGGUUGUGGUUCUCGCAGGGACGAACCGGCCGGAUAUUCUUGAUCCCGCGCUGCUGCGGCCGGGCCGUUUCGACCGUCAGAUCACGAUUGAUCGCCCGGACAUCAAGGGCCGGGAGCAGAUCUUCCGGAUUUACCUGAGUCGGGUCAGGUUGGAUAAGGAGGUGGAGUUUUACUCGCAGCGGAUGGCGGCGCUGACGCCGGGGUUUGCGGGCGCGGACAUUGCGAACGUGGUGAAUGAGGCAGCGCUCAUGGCGGCAAGGAAUGACCGCGAGGUGAUCCUGAUGCAGGACUUUGAAUCGGCGGUGGACCGCGUGAUUGGCGGGCUGGAGAAGAAGGGCAAGGUCAUAAGCGCUACAGAGCGCCGCACAGUGGCAUACCAUGAGGCGGGGCAUGCGGUGGUGGCAUGGUUCCUGCAGCACACGGAGCCGCUGCUCAAGGUGUCCAUCGUGCCACGUGGCACCGCGGCAUUGGGCUUCGCACAGUACCUGCCGAAUGAGAAUUUGCUGAUGACCAAGGACCAGCUCAUCGACAUGACUUGCAUGGCUCUUGGAGGGAGGGCAGCCGAGCAGGACCAGCUCAUCGACAUGACUUGCAAGGCUCUUGGAGGGAGGGCGGCUGAGCAGGUGACUGAGCAGGUGGGAUGGUUCUUGCCCGGCUUCCACUGCCCUUCUAUCCUGCCGUAUGCUUGCCCCUCACCUGCCCCUCACCUGCCCCUCACCUGCCCCUCACCUGCCCCUCACCUGCCCCUCACCUGCCCCUCACCUGCCCCUCACCUGCCCCUCACCUGCCCCUCACCUGCCCCUCACCUGCCCCUCACCUGCCCCUCACCUGCCCCUCACCUGCCCCUCACCUGCCCCUCACCUGCCCCUCACCUGCCCCUCACCUGCCCCUCACCUGCCCCUCACCUGCCCCCCGCCUGCCCCUCACCUGCCCCUCACCUUCACCUUAUCUGCCCCUCACCUGCCCCCUGCCCCUCACCUUCACCUUAUCUGCCCUUCACCCUGCCCCACGCCCCACCUUCCUUUCAUCCUUUUCCUCAGGUGCUACUGGGCAGUGUGUCAACAGGAGCACAGAACGACCUGGAGCGAGUGACCAAGACGACCUACAACCGCGUUGCCGUGUACGGCUUCAGUGACAAGCUCGGCCUGCUCUCCUUCCCCAAGGCCACCAACAGCGAGGGCCUCGAGGGCCUCUCCAAGCCCUACAGCAAUGAGACGGCCGAUCUGAUCGACACCGAGGUGCGGGAGGCGGUGGACUCGGCGUAUAGGAGGACGCUAGAGCUGAUGGAGAAGCACCGGGAGGGGGUGGCGGCGGUGGCGGAGGAGUUGCUGGUGAAGGAGGUGCUGCAUCAGGAGGACCUGGUGAGGCUGCUGGGGCCGCGGCCGUUUAAGAAUGCGGAGAUGAGUAACUACGAGCGGUUCGUGCAUGGGUUUGAAGGAGGGAUGACGGACGGGGAAGGAGAGGGGAAGAAGGAGGAGGGGGAGGGGGAAGGGGAGAGAGGGGGGUAUGGGGUGGAAGGGGCGCCGGCGCUGGCAGUGGUGGGGAGAGAUGGGUGGAAUGCGGAGGAGAAGAACGAUGGGAAGAGCAUUUCUGGUAUUAGAUUGUGA